UAGCCAGCUAUAAAUAGCAGUGAUUAACAAGUUAUAAGAUCAUCAUCCAUCCAUCCAAACAAACAAACAAACAAAUAGUCACAACAACGAGGCUUUAAUCUGAUUCUCAAGAUGAGACCUGCUCUUGCUUUACUACCUCUCUUGCUUUUCUUGUUUGCAGCAACGGUAGAAUCAAGAAAGGAUCUAGGAGAAUACUUGAAACUUGCUGUGAAAGACCAACACACGCCAGAGGAAAUUGACGCGAAGGAAAACAAAGAAGUCAUUCAAGAUUUUGAAUCAAGACCUAAUGGUUUCCUUUAUCAUGGGAUAGAUGCAGAGGAAAAUAAAGGAGCCAUUAAAGAUUUUGAACCAAGACCUAAUGCUUUCUCUUAUAAAGGAGCCAUUCAAGAUUUUGAAUCAAGACCUAAUGGUUUCGUUUAUCAUGGGAUAGAUGCAGAGGAAAAGAAAGGAGUCAUUAAAGAUUUUGAACCAAGACCUAAUGCUUUCUCUUAUAAAGGAGCCAUUAAAGAUUUUGAACCAAGACCUAAUGCUUUCCAUUAUCAUGGGAUAGAUGCAGAGGAAAAGAAAGGAGCCAUUAAAGAUUUUGAACCAAGACCUAAUGCUUUCUCUUAUAAAGGAGCCAUUAAAGAUUUUGAACCAAGACCUAAUGCUUUCUCUUAUAAAGGAGCCAUUCAAGAUUUUGAAUCAAGACCUAAUGGUUUCGUUUAUCAUGGGAUAGAUGCAGAGGAAAAGAAAGGAGUCAUUAAAGAUUUUGAACCAAGACCUAAUGCUUUCACUUAUAAAGGAGCCAUUAAAGAUUUUGAACCAAGACCUAAUGCUUUCUCUUAUAAAGGAGCCAUUCAAGAUUUUGAAUCAAGACCUAAUGGUUUCGUUUAUCAUGGGAUAGAUGCAGAGGAAAAGAAAGGAGUCAUUAAAGAUUUUGAACCAAGACCUAAUGCUUUCACUUAUAAAGGAACCAUUAAAGAUUUUGAACCAAGACCUAAUGCUUUCUCUUAUAAAGGAGCCAUUAAAGAUUUUGAACCAAGACCUAAUCCUUUCCUUUAUCAUGGGAUAGAUGCAGAGGAAAAGAAAGGAGCCAUUAAAGAUUUUGAACUAAAACCCACGGUUUCUAGCAAUGAAGAAAAUUACAUUGAUGUUAAGUAAAAGAAGGAUUUUGAGCCGAAUCCAAGUGUCAUGAAAUAUGUUUCAUAAAUAAGUGUAAUAAUAUGCGCACUGUGUGUUGGUCGUCGUCUGAUUGGUACGUCGUUUUCGGUUUUCUGUCUUGUUGUGGCGUUCAUUUAGUUCAUAUUGAAAGCUCAACUUCAAUCAAUUGCAGAUUCAAUCUAUGAUUUGGAAGUCAACGUUGCAGAUCCAGAAGCAUGGAUAUUUCGGUCACUUUGAUUUUAUCAUAUUAUUUGUAAGCAUUUUACCGUUGUAAUGUUAUUAUUAACUUGGAUAUUGUGAGUUUGUUUGCAGAUUCAUCCUUUUCGUUUUUAGAAAAAUUGAAUUUGUAUUUGCGUCUUAUGUAUUCUAUCAAUUAUUGAAACGAAUGAAUAUCUUAUUUUUAGUAUAAAAA